AUGCUCAACGGCAGCAUGCAGCUCUUCUACGCCCUAACUGUCUUCUGCUCACUAUCCCAUUUUCCAACACUGGCCUUAGCAGAAAACGCAAGCCCCUCUGCAGAUCCAGCGUCCAAAGAAGCUGAGAGCCUCAUUCAACAGCGCAACGUCGCAAUAGCAUCCCAGCUCGCAGCAGGACCAGCCCGCGGGGUGAAGAAAAUGAGCGACGACGAAGGCGAGAAAUUCUUCCUUCAUUAUUGGGAUUUCGGGGAUGUCCCUUUGUCAGGUAACUUAUCUGAGCGACAACUCUCUGACGAAGACGGAUUUUCCCCUGCGCGCUUUGUCGCCCAAUCAUACCCAUUCGGGCCAUCUUAUUCAUUGGGCUCAGAUGGAAACAAUCAAUUCCGCCCCCGAGGAAACAGCUUUAGCGCAAAUAAUCUGCUGGAGUCACGGGACUUCAAGUGCCCGACUGGGACGUCGGCGUGCACAUCUAUCGGUCGAUCCGAUCGCUGCUGUGGGGCCGGGGAAACGUGCGAGAUCGUCGCUGAUACGGGGCACGGCGAUGUGGGCUGCUGUCCUAGCUGGCAGAUGUGCUCUGGGAUGAUUGGAUCGUGUGCAUACGUCACUGUUAUUACAGUGACUGUUCAUUCGACUGUGAUGUUGUCUACUGUGACUUACUCGACCAAACCACAGGAUACCACUUCUACCUCCACACCUUGCUCUUCUUCGACGACCUCUUCCUUUAGCAGCCAGACCACAACAAAUGAUAGCUUGGCACCGCCAGCACGGCCUACCAACCUCUCAACAGUAACCAGUGCUACCAGCGGCGACGAUGUCUGCCCGACUGGUUUCUAUGCCUGCUCCGCUGUCUACCAUGGAGGCUGCUGUCGUACUGGACGAGACUGUGACACAACUUCAUGUCCGAUCACUCCCUCGACAACUAUCACAUCAAACGGCGUGACAAUUGUAGCGCCCGUCGCGACAACGACGGAACACUCUGGCGGGAGCCGGUGCGCUCAGGGCUGGUUCCACUGUGCAGACACCGUGGGCGGAGGAUGCUGUCCUAUGGGCUUCGCCUGUGGUGCUAGCUGUACUGCGAGGGACACCGCAGUUGGGACGACUGUCGCCAAGGAACAAGCCACCGCGCCCAGCGCAGAUGGCGUGAUGCAUCGGGUUAGCAAAAUGAUAUUGGGGAUGAUGCUGGGAAUGAGUUUGAUCACCGAAUCUUGCCGACACCGGCAACCUCCUCUCUUCGCACUUCUUCUUUCCCCAACUCUCGUUCUUUUAACGCCUGAAGCCGCCAUCAUGUCCGAAACUCCCCAGGCACCCCUCCCCUUCAUCUACCAGUUCGCCGCCGGUGCGGUGGCUGGUGUUUCCGAGAUCCUGGUCAUGUAUCCUCUGGAUGUGCUCAAGACUCGAAUUCAGCUUCAGACCGGACCCGCUGUCCCCGGUGUUGACCACUACAAUGGCAUGUUCGACUGCUUCCGUAAGAUCGUCAAGAACGAGGGCGCUUCCCGUCUGUACCGUGGUAUCUCUGCACCCAUCCUGAUGGAGGCACCUAAGCGUGCGACCAAGUUCGCCGCCAACGACAGCUGGGGUAGUUUCUACCGCAACCUGUUCGGCGUCGACAAGCAGACCCAAGGCCUGGCCACUUUGACCGGAGCCACAGCCGGAGCCACUGAAGCCUUCGUGGUCGUUCCUUUCGAGCUGGUGAAGAUCCGUCUGCAAGACAAGGCACAGGCCCACAAGUACAACGGCAUGUUGGACGUGGUGAAGAAGAUCGUGGCCGCCGAAGGACCCCUGGCAAUGUACAACGGCCUUGAGUCGACCAUGUGGCGUCACGUCCUGUGGAAUGCAGGUUACUUCGGCUGUAUCUUCCAGGUCCGCGCACAGCUGCCCGCCGUCGAGCCCGGCAACAAGAACCAGCAGACCCGCAACGACUUGAUCGCCGGUACCAUCGGUGGUAUCACCGGUACUCUCCUCAACACCCCCAUGGAUGUUGUCAAGUCCCGCAUCCAGAACACCUCCAAGGUUCCCGGUCAGGUUGCCAAGUACAACUGGGCCUGGCCUGCUCUCGGCACCGUGAUGAAGGAGGAGGGCUUCGCUGCCCUUUACAAGGGCUUCACCCCUAAGGUCCUCCGUCUCGGUCCCGGUGGCGGUAUCUUGCUUGUUGUCUACACCGGUGUCAUGGACUUCUUCCGCAAGAUGCGCGACGAAAAGCAAAAGUAA